GGUUGUGUCUUUCCUUUGCAGAAAAUAUAAUAUUGUUGAUUGUUUUGCCUGCCUCUUGUGUAUAUUCAAAGGCAUCUUUAUUUGAUAUGAGAGGUUUAAGUAGAUCAUGUCUUGCUGCUUAUGUUUAUUUAGGUGGGGCAGCCCUUAUUUGAUAAGAGAGUUUUUUCAUAACAUGGGAUCAAAAAUGGGAGACCAAGUGUUACUGGUUGUAGCUGAAGAAGGGGAUGAACUUGUUGCGGGAGCCCUUAAUCUUAUAGGCGGAGAUACUCUAUAUGGGUGCCUUUGGGGCUGUCACCCAAAAGCUUAUUAUCCCAACUUACAUUUUGAAGCUUGUUAUUACCAGGCAAUAGAAGCUGCUAUAGAGCUUAAUUUGAAAACAGUGGAGGCAGGGGCUCAGGGUGAGCACAAAAUUCAGCGAGGUUAUAUGCCUGUACCCACUUAUAGCUACCACUACCUUCUGGAUGAAGAAUUCAGCAAGGCCAUAGAAGAAUUUGUAGUGCGCGAGGCAACUCAGGUCAAACUUGUGAUGAAUCUGAUCCGCGAUCCUGGACCCUUUAAAGAAGGCAUACAGUAGACACAUGCAGGUAGGAAGUCCAUGCCUGUAUGGUUGUGGUAUGUACAUCUUGAUGAAGGAAAGAUCUAUCCAUUUCUAAUGUACAGAUCCGUUAGUCGACCA